AUGCCUCUCGAUCUCAGUCAUUUGUUCUCCACAGAAGUAAAAGCUCGUUCUCCUUCAAAGCUCAAGACCAUUGCGUCUCAUAGGGCCACCCCUGAUAUCGCCUUCUUGGGUGGAGGUCUUCCAUUACCUUCAUACUUCGCCUGGGAUACUCUCUCGGCUACCACCAGAAAACCUCCAUUUGAAGGAGGUCUUCCUGCCAGCGUCACCGCAUCUAAUGAACUCAGCUUCACCGUCACCAAGGAGAGCGAUGAAUUGGAUAUCCCAUUGUCAAAAGCUUUGCAAUACGGUACUCCUAAAGGCCCAACUCAGUUGUUAGACUAUCUUGUUGAACACACUAACAAAAUACAUUCGAUCCCUUACAAUGAUUGGGAAAUCAUCACCACCGUCGGUAGCACCCAAUCUUGGGAUAGCUGUAUCAGAGUGUUCUGUGACCCUGGUGACACCAUUCUCGUUGAAAAAUACGCCUUCACUUCCGCUUUGGAAACUGCGGUUCCUCAAGGUGUCACCACUUUGACAAUGGAAAUGGACGAUUCUGGGAUUAUCCCAGAAAUGCUCGAGGAAAAGUUGGCCAAGAUCAAAAGUUCUGGUGCCAAGUUACCAAAAUUGAUUUAUACUGUUCCAACCGGCCAAAACCCAACUGGUAGCUCCAUGCCAUUUGAAAGAAGAAAGGCCGUUUAUGAUAUUGCUUCUAAAUACGAUAUUAUCAUCAUUGAAGAUGAACCAUACUAUUUCCUCCAAUUGGACCAAUACGUCAAAGCUUCAGAGCGUACUAAGCCAACCCACGUUUCUAGUGAAGAAUUUAUCAAGUCUUUGGUCCCAUCUUUCCUUAAUUUGGAUGUCGAUGGUAGAGUCGUCAGAUUGGACUCCUUCUCGAAAGUGCUUGCUCCAGGGUCUCGUCUUGGUUGGAUGACUGGUCAAACCGCCAUUCUUGAAAGAUUCCUUAGAGUCCACGAAACUUCUAUCCAAACUCCUUCUGGGUUUUCCAGCGCUAUGGUCUACGGUACUUUAGCUCGCUGGGGUCAAGAUGGUUUCCUUGAUUGGUUGCAAGCCUUACGUCAUGAAUACACUUACAAGAGAGAUUCUGCCAUCGACUCAGCUCUCAAGCACGUUCCUUCUGUUGCUGAAGUUCAUAUCCCAAUUGCCGGUAUGUUCUUCACCAUUAGCUUUGACACCACUAAACACCCAGAAUUCAAGACCAAAUACAACAGCGAUCCAUUGGCUUUGGAAAAAGAUAUUUAUGAGACCACUAUUCAAAAGAAUGCUCUUUUGGUUCCUGGUUCCUGGUUCGAAGUGUUAGAAGAGGGAGAAAAGCCAAGCACCAACAUCUUUUUCAGAGCUACUUAUGCUGCCACUAAUGUCGAAGUGUUGGAUAAAGGUCUCGAAAGAUUUGGUGCUGCUAUCAAGCAAGUUUGGGGUUUAUGA